GAAGAGUUGCGAACACGGAAGUCAUCCAGGCUCUCAUUUUUAUCUGGACAGGAUUUUCUUCCUCGUGGAGACUGCUUCGGUGUAAUUUACUCUUUCUUUUGGCGGAAGUGUAAAUCGGAAUGGCAGGUAGUGAUGUGGCGGUCGGUGUGAACGGACUGAAAAGUUAACGGAGGGUUGAUAUCCGGCGCGGGUCAAUGGACGCCAGGACUUGAAGAGCUGCUGUUUUGACAGCUGGGUUAAGCCACCAGUACCCGUGUCUCUGUCUGACAGAAGAAACCGCUGAGAGCAGACAGCAGAGGAUUAAACUCGACAGAGCGAUUUAAUUUCUGCGUCUGCGAAGAUACCUCUUAAAGACAGGAGAGUCCUCCUUUUAGCUCUACUGCAUCCACUGGGUGUUUAUAGUCUCCUCUUCCUUGUCCACCUACCCACUGACAAGUGGGUAUGGCUUCUUCCCGGCUCAAGUACCUCUCUCUGGGCGUGCUGGUGUUCCAGACCACCUCCCUGGUGCUCACCAUGCGGUACUCCCGCACCCUGCAGGCCGAGGGCCCGCGGUACCUGGCCUCCUCAGCUGUGGUGGUGGCCGAGGUCAUGAAGAUCCUCACCUGUGUCCUGCUGGUCUUCAAGGAGCACAAUUACAGCAUGCGAGCUCUGAACAGCGUGCUGCGUCAGGAGAUCAUUCACAAACCCAUAGAAACACUGAAGCUGGCCAUCCCCUCUGGGAUCUACACACUGCAAAACAACCUGCUAUAUGUUGCCCUGUCCAACCUGGACGCAGCCACCUACCAGGUGACGUAUCAGCUGAAGAUCCUGACCACAGCUCUGUUCUCAGUGUCCAUGCUGGGCCGCAGGCUGGGUGUCUACCAGUGGCUCUCUUUGCUGAUUCUAAUGGCCGGAGUGGCUCUCGUGCAGUGGCCCUCUGAGUCUGCCGUGGCCCCAGAGAAAGAGGCCCCGUCUACAGGCUCCCAGUUUGUUGGUGUCACAGCAGUGCUGGUGGCAUGCUGCUCCAGUGGGUUUGCUGGUGUCUACUUUGAGAAGAUCUUGAAAGAGAGCAAACAGAGCGUUUGGGUCCGUAACAUCCAGCUAGGGAUGUUUGGCCUGGUGUUCGGUCUCUUUGGAAUGCUGGCCUAUGAUGGGGAAAGGGUGAGGGAGUCUGGGAUGUUUCAGGGAUACAAUACAGUCACCUGGACUGUUGUAGCACUGCAGGCCCUGGGUGGUCUGGUCAUAGCAGCGGUCAUCAAGUAUGCAGACAAUAUCCUCAAGGGCUUUGCUACAUCACUCUCCAUCAUCCUGUCAACUCUUAUAUCGUACUUCUGGCUGCAAGACUUCGACCCUACUGGUGUUUUCUUCCUUGGGGCCAUUUUAGUCAUCGUGGCCACUUUCCUGUACGGCUACGAAGGCAAGCCUUCCCCCAAUCCCAGCAGGGCAUAGGACAAUCACGGCUGAAACUACAGCAGCAGUAGGAGGUCGUGCUGAAGCGUCAAGACAUGAAGGGAAAGGAGGACAGAGGACUGGAGAAAAAAGAAGGGGAAAGGUCUUCAUCAUAUAUUUUGAAAACAUAUAGGAGGAGCAGAGGAAUAGAGAGAGAGGAGGUAAGCAGGUUUGGACCAGAGAGAGGUUUUUAAAAAACAUAAACGCUGUGAUGAGUCUCACACCACAAGUGCCUCAGCUGAGAAGUACAAGCAAUGAGAAAAGAAAACAGGAUUGUACGUUUUCUUCUGUGAUUACAACAGUAGAGCUAAUUCUGGCUGUCACAUCUGCAGAGGUAGAGAAACUAGACCGACUGAUUGUAUUCAUCAAGAACUAGUUUGACUACCAAUUACUGUUACUGCCACAUCACUCAACACACAUGUAAUAAAGGAUUAAGGAGCCAGAUUGAUGGGAGUUUCUAAAUAUUUUUCCAAGCCACAUUUUUCAUGUAGCCCACCUCCACCUUGCAGUAAUGUAAUGCUCCAACAAAUAUUCUUGUCCUAUUUUGGCCUCUAUAAGCAUAAUUCAGAGGCAUGAAUGAACUUCAGCUAUUGUUUACUCUAAAACUGUGUACAACACAUCAGAAAGCUCUGGCUUAGAUUGAUAAAGGUCUGGUUUUGCACGCUUUUGGCUUCAGUACUACAAAGGCUGGAUUUGUGCACAGCUUAGGAAGCCUGUCUGCCUGGGAGGCACAAUUCUGGGCUUAAAAAAAAAAAAGAAAACCCUGAAGAUUUACACUAUGGUAGUUGCAAUGACCAUAACUGGUAUUGUUUUCCAAGUCAUGGCUCUCGUGUUGCAUUUUCCAGCUAUUUUUGAAAUAUGGAGACUUUUUUGUUGCUAAGCAGCAUACAGUCAACGGGUUACCUCUGAUAACAUAUACAGUGAGUCUCAGUGUCUGGACUGUUACACUUGUACGGUUCUGGUUUGUCAGCCUGGUCAAGUCAAAUGUUUAACAGAGAGAAAAGAAUUAGGCUUACAUUUCAGAAAUAUUGUUUGAUGCUUUAACAGGUGGCUAAUUGAAGCUGUGUUUUUAUUUGAAAAGUUACACUGAAUAUUUGUAAGAUAAUUUGAACAACCUGAAAUCGUGUAAGUAUUAGCACCAGUUACAUUUCAAUCUAUAAAUGAAUUGUCGAUUUAACUUAUUCAUUAGGCUUAGGCUUAUUUUACUUUACAGACCCACUGGUGAUGGUUAGCGUCCAGCUCCUUAUGUCUUGUACUUGUGUAACAAUAUCUGCUGGUGAUUUUGUGGCAGAAUAAUCUGAAUGUGGUGCAAUGAAGUCUGGAACUGAUAGCUGAAGCUGGUUACAUCAGGCAUCUGACAUUAUUUACAUAGAAAGUAACAUUUGAUUGUAUGAUUUGAGUUUUUUUUUUUUUUUUUUUUUUAAACUUU